GCACGCAACGCAAAGCGGCCAUAAAGACGUUUGGGCCAAAAGCAGCAGCCAAAUUAAAACGGGCCAGAAGCAGUAGCCAAAAUAUAAAAAAAACAACAACAGAAAAUAAGCAGACGUGCCACGGUCAAGAGUGACUUCUAACCCACCGCCCACCGCCCCUUUUCGUGGGCCACCCACUCGGAUAGUAAAGCCAAAAGUCAACUAAGGUUUUACUAUAAAAGCCAGGGCUUUUGCGAGUGUUUAAUCAUAUCAGUUUCUGUUCAAUCAGCGGAAAUACAACCAACAAACAAUCAAUCCAAGAUGUUCAAGUUUUUCGCUCUGUGCCUGUUCGCCCUGUUGGCCGUUGCCUGUGGCAAGCCGCAAUUCCUGACCGCCUACAGUGCGGCCUCCCCCUUGGUGGCUGCCUCGCCCUACGCCUACUCCAGUGGACUCUACGCCUCUCCGUACAGUGCGGCCUACACCAGCGGCGUCUAUGCCUCGCCCUACGCCUACGGUGCCUACAGCCCCUACAGCAGCGCCUACUACCUGAGACGUUGAAGCGGGUGAACACUGUACUACGAUAAUUCCCGAUGACGACGACCUAAUGAACAAAUAAACCUGAUAAAACAGAUAAAGAUUCACAGACCAAAGGCCAGCUAUUUGCUGUCAUUUGCUUUGAGCAACUGCAGAUUAAAAGGGGGCUAAAAAAUGGGAGUGGCCAGGCCCCACACUCAAAAAAAUAGCACUUGUUAAAUAAUAUUGCACU